UGACAGUGUGAGAGUCCCAAUAGAUCAGAAUAGAAACAAUCAUUAAUCUCAUCUAUCUGUCUAGUGUCUCAGAUUGGAAUAAUGGUCCUCAAAUGUUUACGCUUUGGUGAUUCAAAGAAGGAGAAAAAUUAUCCGACGGUAAUAGAAGAGCUAUGCCAUCAAUUUUCCUUUGAAGAUCUUAGAAAAUCAACCAACAACUUUGACGAUAAACUAGUAAUUGGGUGGUUACCCUUUGGUAUGGUAUACAAAGGUUGGCUCAAACAUAAUGAUGCUGCAACCGAUCAUACCAUUACAUUGAAGGUGACGGUGCCUCAAUACCCCAUCCAAGGUUCACUUGAAUUCAAGAAGGAAAUUGAGGUGCUAUGUCAGCUUCGUCACCCUAAUAUAAUCUCUAUAAUAGGCUUCUGCAACCAAGAAAAGGAAAAGAUUGUUGUGUAUGAGUACAUGGCCAAUGGAUCACUUGGUGAUUACUUGAGAGAUAGGAAUAGAAAUAACCAACCACUGUCAUGGAAGAAAAGACUAGACAUCUGCAUUGGAGUAGCACGUGCUCUACACUACCUUCACUCAGGAGCCAAGCGUGCUAUCAUUCAUCGUGAUAUAAAUCCAAGUAAUAUUCUUUUGGAUAAGAAUAUGAUGCCCAAACUUACAAAUUUUGGGAUAUCAUUGCAGGGAGGGCUCUCUACAUUGAAGCCAAUGCAAAUCAAAGUAGAUAAGAUUGUAGGUACAUCUGCAUUGAUGGCUCCGGAGUAUGCUAUACACAGUAUUGUUACUUAUAAAUGCGAUGUUUACUCCUUUGGUUUGGUUCUACUACACAAGGUAGGCCAUAAUGUGUUAAACUACUUAAUUCAAUAUGAAGAGCACAAACUUGAGGAGACAAUGGAACCAAUUCUGAAAGGAAGGAUUGCGCCAGAAUGUUGGCAAGUAUUCACUAGUGUCAUACAAAGUUGCUUGGAGUACGAAGCAGAUGAGCGACCAACAAUGGGGGAAGUAGAGGUAUUGCUUGAGCAUGCUCUCUCAUUGCAGCAAUAAGCUGAUAUUAUAAUGAAUGCUGCUCGCUAUACCUUAUCAUCCACUAUCACUUGUUAUUAGCGACAGCAAUAUAAUGAUCAUGAAUCA